GCAAUGUCUUUUAAACAGUUUCUACUCCUGUCCUUCAACAGUUACAAAAUAGAUUUUGCAAGAUUGCUACGUUUAGUUUGCAAGUUCGGUAGUUUUAUUCAGUAGACACUAAGUAACAUAAUUAAAAUGGGUAAAGCACAGCAAUAUAUAACUGGACUAGCAGCGUGCUUUGCCGCCUUGUCAAUGGGCAGUUUGAACACCUGGCCAUCAUAUACCCUGGAUCUGUUCACGAACCCAAACACUACGGUUCUAUCCACACCCAUGACAGAGGUGCAAGCGUCUCUAGUCGGUAGCUUGCCGUCCUUAGGAGCUAUGGCUGGGACAGCAGUGACUGGACUUUUCAUUGACAAAUUGGGGAGGAAAAGAGGUUCCAUGGCGCUAGUUUUACCCACUCUGCUAUGCUGGAUUAUUGUGCAAUUCUCGUCGUCGAUGCUUCCAAUCAUGAUUGCUCGGUUCAUUGGAGGUAUUGCUGGAGGAUCCAACCUGGUGUAUGCUCCCAUCUUCAUAUCGGAAAUCAGCGAGCCGUCCAUUAGAGGAUCAUUAUCUUCAGGAACGGUAACAAUGUACUGCUUCGGAGCUAUCCUAUCGUAUUUGAGCGGCUGGUUCCUGUCCUAUCGGAUGAUCAUCUGGGUGAAUCUGGCCCUGGGCGUCAUCAAUCUGAUGCUGUUCAUGCUGGUGGUUGAAAGCCCGCUGUUCUUGCUUAAGAAGAAUAAUGAAAAGGAAGCUUUGAAGGCCCUAGCCCACUAUAGGGACGGGUCUGUGACGUCGAAGAUCGUUUUAGAAGAGCUCUCAGUGAUGAAACAGCAGCUUUCACCGCCGGUGGAACUUCAUACGGUUACCUCAGAUGAAAAGAAAGAAGAUGAAGCCGAGUUAGCCGAGAAAGAAAAAUUAACCACCGGAGAACCAGCGUCACCACAGAGACAGCCCGCCAUUAAGACAUUGUUUACUGAUCCGGCUAGUCGGAGAGCGUUCUUGGUUGUAGGAACUGUCCUGACGUUACAGGUGUGCAUGGGAAUGGUGGCAGUACAAGUGUACGCCGGGAACCUCUUCGCGCAAGCGGCUCCGGACUUGUCCAAGGACUUCUGUUCCGUGCUACUGGCUCUCACACUGUUCGCCGGGUGCACCGUCACAACUGUCGUGGCUGACAAGGCUGGGAGACGGGUGCUGAUAAUCUCCUCAUCAGCGCUAGUAGCGCUGUGCAUGGGAGGCCUGGCUGCCAACAUGCAAACGGGCAUCCUACCAGCGUGGGUGUCAGCUGUCGUGGUGUUACUGUACUGUUUCUGCUUCAUUUACGGAGCUGGCAGCGUACCGUAUGUGCUGCUGGCUGAAGUGUUUACACCAGAGGUCCAAAGCAUCGCCUCAAUGAUCCUAGUGGAAUGGGUGUGGCUCCUCAACUUCCUCAUCAUCGCCGUCUUCCCGGUCAUGGUGUCCUUGCUGACCAUCCACGGGUCCUUUUAUGCCUUCGCCUGCGUUGGUAUCAUCAACACAGUUGUUAGCUAUAUCUACGUACCGGAAACGAAAGGGAUGUCCAAUAAGCAGAUUCAGGAGCUGUUCUCUAAAUAAAAUGGUUAAUGAUA